UAUGAAAGAAACAAGCCAACACCAGUGUUUGUUUGGAGUUGCAGGUUUGUUUGUCCGUGUGUGUGGAGGGAUGUCAGUCUCGGUGGAAGUGUCUCAGUAAAGCAGCACCUCAGCGCCACGGCUUUCACUAGAAGAAUGGCAGACGAAGCUCCUUUCCAGUUUCUCCACAGCGAAGUGAUCGAGUACAUUUACAAGUCAGCUGACAGCGGAGAGGUGGAGAAUGGAAGAAAUAUCACCAAACUGGAGAAUAUGGGAUUAAGAGUCGGUCAGGGUCUGAUAGAGAGAUUGACUAAAGACACAGCACGAUUUAAAGAUGAGCUGGACAUCAUGAAGUUCAUAUGCAAAGACUUCUGGACCUGUGUGUUUAAGAAACAAAUUGACAACCUUCGCACCAAUCACCAGGGCAUCUAUGUUCUGCAGGACAACAAGUUCAGAUUACUGAGUCAUCUGUCAGCUGGAAAGCAGUAUCUGGAACAUGCCCCAAAGUAUCUGGCCUUCACCUGCGGUCUGGUUAGAGGAGCUCUGUCUAACCUGGGAGUGAAGAGUAUUGUGACUGCUGAAGUGUCCGUCAUGCCUGCCUGUAAAUUCCAGGUCAUGAUCCAGAAAUCGUAGGGACUAGCAGAGGCUACACUCACUCUGCACGCUCCUUUGCCUUUAUAUAUCCUUGAGUUGUUGCCAUUAAAGGGAAACACCACCAUUCCUAAUCUGUAAAAUAUAUUGCACACUACACUUUAGGGAUUAUGGGGAUGUUUGGCAAAAGUUUGUAUAAACAACAUUCAAAGCCCUAUUCUCUGAUAAGCCUGAUAGUCUUUCCAGGAUAACAGUUUCUGUUUGACACAUCAUGAUUAUCAUAAUUGGCCAAAUGUUUUCCAUUGGCCUCAAGAUGUUUUCUGUGAAUGAUUGAGGAGUAAUGUAUUGUCUUUAACGUACAGUCUGUGUCUCACUAAAUAGAAUGUCUUAUUGUUAUGGAAGUGCUUUGGUGCCCCUUGAUGUUACAAAGUAAACUGCAAAAUGUCAGUUUGAUUGGAAACUAAAUUUCUUUUCAAUGAAAUCUAGAAAAUAUUGAUAGUAAUCACUAACCUAUUUUUUUAAAUACAAGUGCAUUUUUUUGUAUACUAGUCUGUUAAAAAGGUGUCAGAAUCCAUUUGAGAACUUAAAACUUUUGAGCAUGUGAACAUCCAGGAAAUCAGCUUUUUUGUUUACUUGUCUUUUUUUUCCUGCAAAAACUGUUUAAUUGUGCCCCAAUAAAGAAACUUGUAUUGUGAGUUAUCGACCUUAAA